GACCUCUUCAGGAUGAGCGCAGCCAAGUAUGCCAAUCUCCCAGACAUCGACACAGCCCAAGACGUAUAUGAGACCGAGGACACCUUUCCCACUGCACAGGACAGCAAAGGCGACUCGAGCGACGAUGAAGCGAGCGCGCCCGCUCGCGGCCACGGACGCGGAAAGGGCGGGGAGGCGUCUGGCCGCGAGGAGCUCGACGCGAGCAGCGUAGACCCCGAGGAGGCGUCCAAGAAGUUCAAGAAAGCAGAGAAGAAGCACCAUCGCCCGAAAGUACAGUACGUCUACCCGCCUUCGCCGUCCCCCGAAGACGAGUCUCGUCCCGUCUCCCCAACACGCUCCUCAAUCCCCCUGUCACAACGCCUGCGUCUUCUGCAAGCGGAAGUAGCGUCGCUCGAGACUGAGCUUUCCGACCCGACCAAUCCCCUACUCCGGAAGGAGAAAGAAGCCGGGAAUGCGGAUCCUGGCGAGCUUAUCCGCGGCAUGGUCGACGUGAAGCGACGCAUUGAACAGAUCAGCAAAGCGCGGGAGGGUCGAGGGAAGCUAGUCAGCGCUGUGCUCGGGGAGUCCGACACUGAGGACGCGUCUGAGGCGGCGACGGCGGUGAAACGGGAAGCAGCAAAGAACGCUGAGGGCGCGGAAUCUGUGCCGGUGCCUGCCAUUGUGAUACCAAGAGCCCCAGAAGUCCGAGAUAUCGCGGAAAUGGACAAACGGGUCGGCGAGCUGGAGAAGCUGGUGGGCUCCUCAAGCACCGCCCUCGACGAGCUUGCACCAUUGCCGCCCCCUCUAUUGCCACUUUUGACACGUCUCAGUGCGCAACUUACGCUCCUCACACAACCACGCCACAUCGACUCGAUCUCGCGCCGUAUCAAGCUCCUCAACUCAGAGCUGGAACGCACAUCUGGCGCGAGCGGCAGUCAGGCACACAACGCGUCCCAACGGCGCGGUGCGUCCACGCACCACCAACCCGCCUCUGGGUCUGUCUCCUCCCCGGCAUCGGCCACCCCGCCCGCACCGACUGCGUCGUCGGCUGUACUGCAAGAGCAGCUAGCCCCAGUGUUAUCGCGACUGGCGCCGCUCCUUCCGCAUAUCCCCCACAUCCUUACUCGCCUACGCACGCUCUCUGCACUGCAUACGUCCGCUGCGGGCUUCCAGAAGACGCUUGAAGGCCUCGAGGAAGAGCAGCGCCGCACGCGGGGUGCGCUUGAGGAGCUUCAGCGUGCCGUCGAGGGCGUGGAGAAGAGCCUGACGGAGAACGAGACGUUAGUCAGAGGGAACGUGCGCGAGCUCGAGGAACGGAUCGAGGGUGUGGGCCGGAGGAUGGACGACCUGAAGCUGGAAGCGAGCUAG